AUGGUCUGCUCAGGACCGACAGUCACUACAAAGUUCAUCCAUGCAAGCGGUCAAGGUCUCUCGACUGACCACGGUGCAUCUCAUUCUCUUGUAUCAGUAACGAGAUCCAAUGGAGCGCAUCUGACUGCUGUGGAAGCAGAGCGUCAGAGGUUCGUCGGCUUGCUCCCGAGACCACGGAAAUACCCUACUACAGUGGCGGAUCGAGUCACUAUACGAUUGAUCAGCACGAUCGAGAGAGAUCCGAUCGGCGACAUCCUCCACAAUGCAAACUUCCUUAAAAUCCUUCCGCAGCGUCUGGGAGCCAGCCCAGCGUUGCGUGACUGUGUGGCACUAUUUUGUCAUUGCUGGACCAACUACCGAUGUCCCGAAGCAAUGGAAAAGUGUCCAAUUUUCCACGAUCUGCAUGGUAAAGCUUUGCGGAGUUUGAUGCGUGCACUUCAGAACCCGACCACACAAUUGUCCACGGAAACAUGCGCAGCCGUCACGGUCAUGGCCCGUUGUAACUUGCUUUUCGACGGUGGAGAUCCGACAUUGCACCAGAAAGGAAUAGCAAAGAUGAUGCGAUCCAAAGGUCCUCCCCAGAACGGGGAUGAUCUGCACGUUCAGUUGUCUAUAGCUAAUGGCGGACACAUAGUUAGGCACUGGGCAGCGGCUCAUUGCACCGAGGACCCACAAUGGAUCAGUUCGUGGCAGGACGUCUUGGGGUGGAACACGUCGACUGAGGUCCCAGAGCAUGUCAACAAGCACCGACAGGAUCAACUAAACACUAUUACUGCACAGUGGGCCAGAAUGGUCAAGAGUAUCAAGGAAAUCAACAAUCCGUACACGGCUGCCGACCGACGGCAACAUUUGGCUGAGCAGAUGCAUGCAUUGGCCUUGCGUUUUCUCGCAGAAACCGAGACUAGCUACCGUCUCUGCGUUUCCACUUACGAAAUAGGCAUGAAAAUGGAAUCUAGUCUGGGAGAAAACUAUCCUUGGCACCGCAAGUUAGCCUCGCCUCCACCAUCGCACGAGGCACUCUUCAAACCUCUAGCUGCGUACGUGCCCAUGCGCAUCAUAUUCUCCCGUAUAGCCUACGAUCUAUCGUGCACCUUAGGAGCCGCCGACGCUGAGAUGUACGAUAAAUACCAUCGGAUGUGCCAACAAGGCUGGGACCUACUGCCCCAUAUCAUGGAGAUUGAUCACCCAAUAGCUACACUCAAUUAUGUCCUAGGAGUCGUUCUAUGCUUUGAAAUUCUGGAGAAUCAAGAGAGAAAAGAUUAUUUAGUCGACGCUUUGAAGUCGACCAACUUUCGGAGGGUACUGCCAUCCAGUCGGGAAGAUACUGAGAGGUUUUUGAUGAAUAUUUGCUGUCUGUCGACCGGUCGAGAUACGGAUGGUUACGAUAUUCACGUCAACUGA